GCGCGCAAGGGACCGGCCCCCGGCCCCCGGGGGAACAAGCGUAUGAACCAAAUGACGGGAAAGUUGUUUUCCGGGGAGAAACCGACCGGAAAAGUAACCCCGGCGCUCGAGAACUCUGCUGACUGCAGGGGCGUGCGGUCCUGCCGUCGGGAGAGCCACCGGAGGGCAGACACGGGGCUGCGCCCCCCAAUACCCCGACCUCCUACGUAGGCCGCCAUGGGCUCGCAGAAGCCGCGGAUCCUGCCCUGGCUGGUGUCGGUGCUGGACGCGGGGCUGUUCGAGGGCGUGGCCUGGCUGGACGCCUCCCGCACCCGCUUCCGCAUCCCCUGGAAGCACGGCCUGCGGCAGGACGCCCAGCAGGAGGACUUCGGCAUCUUCCUGGCCUGGGCUAUGGUCAGUGGCGCCUACACUCCCGGCAAGGACAAGCCUGACCUGCCCACCUGUAAGAGGAAUUUCCGGGCUGCCCUCAACCGGAAGGAGGAGCUGCAGGUAGUGAAGGACCUGAGCAGGGACCCCCAGGACCCACACAAGAUCUACGAGUUUGUCAACUCAGGAGUCGAGUGCCCUGCUGAGGCCUUCCCUGUGCCGGAUUCCCAGGAAAGCAUCGUGGGCUUACUGGACGGCAUGAUGUUGGCGCCACCCGGGAACGACGGAGCCUCCAACGUGGCCGUGGCCGUGGCCGGUGCAGAGCCCCCCCAGAUCCUGCUGAGCCCCAACUCAGCCGCCUCGGUUCCCUGCCCCGUCUCGGGAAACCCCUUGAGUCGGCUGUUGGUGCCCAAAGACAGUGAGUGGGAGUUCGAGGUGACGGCCUUCUACAGGGGGCGCCAGGUCUUCCACCAGGCGGCCUUCUACCCCGGGGGCCUGCGGCUGGUGGCGGCCGAGGCGGCCGAGGACGCGCUGCCUGGGCAGCAGGUGGUGCUGCCGGACCCCGAGCUGUUCCUGACCGACAGGGGCGCGGUGGACUACGUGCGCAAGGUGCUGGGCAGCCUGGGCCCGGGGCUGCGCCUGUGGCGGGCGGGCCAGCAGCUCUGGGCCCAGAGGCUGGGCCACUGCGGCACCUUCUGGGCCCUGGGCGAGGAGCUUCUCCCCGACACGGGCCAGGGCCAGGAAGGCGAGGUCCCCAAGGAGCGGGAGAGAAGCGUGCUGGACCUGCAGCCCUACCUGCAAGAACUCAUCGAUUUCAUAAAUGGAAGCGGACGCUCGCCGCGUUAUACCCUCUGGUUCUGCAUAGGGGAGUCUUGGCCCCAGAACCGGCCGUGGACCAAGAGGCUCGUGAUGAUCAAGGUUGUCCCCACCUGCCUCAGGUGCCUGCUGGAGAUGGCGCGGAAUGGGGGGGCCUCCUCCCUGGAGAACACGGUGGACCUGCACAUCUCCAACAGCCUCCCCAUCUCCCUUUCCUCCGAAGAGUACAAGGCCUUUCUGCAGGACCUGAUGGAGGAGAUGGAGUUCUAGGCGGUCCCCUCUCCCUGGGGUGUGGGCCCCUUGCCCCCACACCUAAUAAAAACCAGUUCUUGCCACGGUCA